AUGUCCGUUACCUUGUGUGAUCAUUGGAUAUGCAUCAACGGGGUUUUGUAUUACAUAGGUAAAGAAGAUGUAGUAGGUGGUAGUUACUUGAUAAUCUGCUUUGACGUUAGGUCUGAGACAUUCAAGUUUGUUGAAGCAGAAUGCUUUCGUGAUCCAGAAGCUACUAAACUGAUCAACUGUAAAGGUAAAUUAGGUGGGGUAGACUUCAAAUAUAAUCGGGCUAGUGCCAUUGUGUUGUACCUGUGGAUUCUAGAGGAUGUCGAGAGAGAAGAAUGGUCGACAUAUGUUUACACUUUGCCUGUGAACGAUAUCUGCGAGAAUGUUGUUGUUGUUGGGAUGACUAGUACAGGUGAGAUUGUUCUUUCGGAGGAGUAUACAUCCAAACGGUUUUAUGUUUUCUACUUCAGUCCCGAAAGAAACACUUUCCAAAGAGUUGAAAUCCGAGGUCCUGGAGAAUACUGUGAAGCUUUUGACGAUGACUGCAGAGUUUAUGCAUUUGUAGACUAUGUAGUUGAUUCUAAGUUUAUAACAAAACAGUCUAGCUAG